AUGUACCCGCUAACACAACUACGGACUAGCUUAUUUCAAGCGAAGCCCUCGGACCCGCUAUUCCACAUCUGGUUAGAGCGCACUACAUCCCACAACGCAUUGGGAGAAGCGAAGCCGACCUCGUUCUUUCUAAUCUCUGCACUCGCCUUCGACAAUCUCGACACCACAUCAUCCGGCUACCGCGGAGCGCCAUUGCCCAUCAUGUCGCUCGUAUCCGGCGAGAAGUCAAACUUCCAGUACAUUAUUCGUCUGCUUAACACCAACGUCGAUGGCAAGCAGAAGAUUAUGUACGCCUUGACCAAGAUCAAGGGUGUUGGUCGUCGUUACUCCAACUUGGUCUGCAAGAAGGCCGAUGUUGAUCUGAACAAGCGCGCUGGUGAAAUCACCUCCGAAGAACUCGAGCGUAUUGUCACCAUCAUCCAGAACCCCACCCAGUACAAGAUCCCCACCUGGUUCCUCAACAGACAGCGUGACAUUACCGAUGGCAAGGACUUCCAGGUCAUCUCCAACGGUGUCGACUCCAAGCUCCGUGAGGAUCUCGAGCGCCUGAAGAAGAUCCGCUCCCACCGUGGUCUCCGUCACUACUGGGGUCUCCGUGUCCGUGGUCAGCACACCAAGACCACCGGUCGCCGUGGCCGCACCGUCGGUGUCAGCAAGAAGAAGGGCUAA